GACUACCCAAGGUCCACGUAGCCCUUCCCACUAACACGCCUACCAACGCGCUUCGACCUUCUCUUCCCGGCUCAGGUACCACAACGCAGGCUCUGGCAAAAGAGGACAUCAUACCCAUAGAGGCGAAGAAGGAACUUGCACCCUUCUCAGGCUCUCUGUUCCCUCAGACAGGCGGACGGUACCGGAACCGCACCCUCCGAGCAGCAGCAGCAGCAGCAGCAGCAGCGAACGGCAACAGCAUCCUCUCUCUUCCCCUUCAUAGCAUCAUGGCUCACGCAUCUCAUCCUCGGUCACGGAAGCCUUCGCUAUCGCUGUCUCUCUUGGUUCUCUAUGCCAGCGCUCUCCUUGCUCUCCUAGCUCACACUGCGUCGGCAUAUCAGGUACCAGUCAGCGAUGCCGAUGCUCUGCGACAAACAUGCAGCGGCAUGUGGGCGGGAAAGAACACGUCGAUUGACUUGACAUUCAAGCCCAACUCGACCGGGAUCAUAGCCACAAUCUUCUACGAGUGGUCAGACUUUGACCGCUUGGGAAAGGAUGGCCCAGAGAAGGACGUAUUCGGCUACUCGCUCAAGUCCUACGUAUGUACACCUCUCGCCGUCAGACAGAGUCUAUGCGAAGACACAGACCUUGGCAACUUCAUCGUCGAUGGGACUGCGCCUUCCGUGCAGAAGCAGAAGAUGGACUUUGGCACGGGAAACACUCAACAAGAGAUCAUCUCAUACAAAGUCAACUCUACAGGAUACUACUGCGUCGGUGCGACCGCCGUACCCUUCACAUCUCGCGGAGUACACGCUAGCUUCCAAGGGCUGGUGAACUUCCACAAUGCCUUCAAGGGAGAGCUGCCAGGUGGAGAGUACCCAAAAGUCGGCUUCUACUUUGGUCUCACCAGCCUCUACAUUCUUCUCGGUUUUGGCUGGGGCUAUCUCUGUAUUAAGCACAAGGCUGAGCUGCUGCCCAUCCAGCACUUCAUCUCUGGACUGUCGGUCCUACUCAUCAUCGAGCAGAUGAUCACAUGGCUCUACUAUUCCUAUCUCAACUCACAUGUCAUUGAGUAUUGGCGUCUUGCAUCUCUGAAUGGCAAUGCUGGCGAGACGUGGACCGCUCGAGCCCUGUUGGUUCUCGAAGGUCUACUAGAUUCAACUAGGAAUAGCGCCAGCUUCUUCCUGCUGCUCAUCGUCAGCAUGGGCUAUGGCAUUGUCAGGCCACAGCUGGAGCCCAGGACGAUGUUCAUGGUCAAAUGUCUGACGGCAGUGCAUCUGAUCUGCGGAUGGCUGUACUCAGUGGGCAUUGUGCUCCUCUCCAUCGAGGCUGGGGGCACUUGGGUGUUCCUCUUCAUCUUCCCACUAGCAUUUUCUCUCACGACAUUCAUGUCAUGGACCCUCAACUCGCUCAACGCCACCAUUGCUCACCUCACAGCACGGAAACAAUCCUUCAAGCUUGCCUUCUUCAGACGGCUAUGGAGAAUUCUGGUGAUCGCCAUCGUCGUCAUCUUUGCCUUCUUUGUGCUGUCCACAAUAUCCUUCUCCAACGCAGGGACCGAGAACUAUCCCUCUGAGACGUGGCGGUAUCGCUGGUUCCUCCUGGACGGGUGGACCUCCUGCCUCUACCUCGGCGUCUUCGUCGCAAUUGCCUGGAUCUUCCGCCCUACUGGGUACAACAUGCGGCUGAGCAUGUCUGAUGAGCUGGCCACGGGGGAUGACCCAGAAGGAGGGGAUAUGGAGUUGGGUGGAGCCUAUGCUGGCUUUGAGCAGCAUGGAGACGACUCGGAUGAUGAAGAUGAUGGGAAGAAGACGAAGUCAACGGGGGGCGGCGCACAGGCCUCGAACGGUGGGCCGUCGUUAACCGCAGGCCCGCCUGCAUACGAGGCUGAUCCCAACGGCGGGGUCGGCGAGGAGUCAGUGGUGAUGUUCAGCGUCGGUGACGAGGAGGAGGAAGACCAGAGCAUGAGUAGUACGGGUGGCAGGUCUAGUAGUCGACCUGUCCACAGGCCGACGGACACUCAUCACGGGAAUGAGAGCGAGGAGACGCUCAUGGCAGGGACGGACAAGGACUCUAAGCAAGACUGAUACUUGCAACAGUGAGGUAGAUUUUGAAGAGUUGAAGAGACCUCAUCGUAAAAUAUAUCACCUACCAGUCCUCACUCCCAUGUAAUUGUAAAGGCCUCGUUGCUUUGCGUGCGAAGUCUCGAGGCGUCGAAACGCGCUU